AUGGAAAGAACUAAUGACAGCACCUUCUCAGGAUUUAUUCUCCUGGGCUUCUCGAACAGGCCUCAGCUAGAAACAGCUCUCUUUGUUGUCAUCCUGAUCAUCUACUUUUUGAGCUUUCUAGGCAAUGGCUCCAUUAUAUUUUUGUCAAUUGUGGAUUCUCGCCUCCAUACCCCUAUGUAUUUCUUCCUCUCCAAUCUCUCUUUUAUGGAUCUUUGUUUAACUACUUGUACUGUCCCUCAGACACUGGUCAACUUCAAGGGAAAGGACAAGACCAUCACCUAUGGUGGUUGUGUGACCCAACUGUUCAUUGCCUUGGGCCUCGGGGGAGUGGAAUGUGUCCUUUUGUCUGUGAUGGCCUAUGACCGCUAUGCAGCUGUCUGCCGCCCACUCCAUUACAUGGUGAUCAUACAUCCCCAGCUUUGCUUGCAGCUGGUUAUAACUGCUUGGCUUACAGGGUUUGGUAAUUCCGUGGUACAGACUGCAUUGACCAUGACUCUUCCCCUCUGUGGUAGAAACCAACUAGACCAUUUCUUCUGUGAAGUUCCAGUGAUGCUGAAACUAGCCUGCACUGACACUUCCAUCAAUGAAGCUGAACUCUUUGCUGUCAGUGUCUUCUUCUUGGUAGUGCCCCUCUCACUCAUUCUAGUGUCCUACGGGCACAUUACUCAUGCAGUCCUGAAGAUAAAGUCAGCCCAGGGAAGACGAAAGGCUUUUGGAACUUGUGGUUCUCAUCUGUUGGUAGUGAUCAUUUUCUUUGGCACCCUCAUCUCCAUGUACCUCCAACCUCCCUCCAGUUAUUCACAGGACCUAAACAAAAGUAUUGCACUCUUCUAUACUCUAGUAACACCUCUGCUGAACCCCCUGAUUUACACACUGAGGAACAAAGAAGUCAAAGGUGCACUGAGAAGAAUAGUGGGGAGAAUCACAGCUUCAAGAGAGAGUUAA